CGGCUUUUUGUCAGUUGGCUUCGCUGUCAAACCGAAAAUGGCAGCGACGAGUGUUGUCGUUCUCGACAGAGGCAACAAUACAACUUGUACCGUAAAUCUUUUCGGUGCUACGGUAGUAUCAUGGAGAGUCAACAAUCAGGAACAAUUAUUUGUAAGUAAACAAGCAGUAUUUGAUGGGAAGAGAGCGAUAAGAGGAGGGAUACCGUUUGUUUUCCCUCAAUUCGGACAAUGGGCGUUCGGUCCGCAGCACGGGUUCGCCCGGAUAGCGCGCUGGCACGUCGAGAAGAUGCCGGAGCGCCUCCCCAGCGGCGACGUGGAGGCUGUCUUCAGCCUCAUGGAUGACGACUUCACUAGGUCCAUGUGGCAUUUCCAGUUCAGAUUAACAUACAGGCUGAUCCUCCGCGAGAAGGAGCUUCACUUCAACAUCGGCGUGUACAACCCGAGCAAGGAGCUGACGUUCAGCUGCCAGCUGCUGCUGCACACUUACUUCAAGGUGCCCGACGUGCGCCGCUGCCAGAUCACCGGCAUGCACGGCUGUAUGUUUAUUGAUAAGACCCGCGAAGGAGCCGUCUAUCAGGAGACGCGGGAGGUGGUGACGAUCAACGAGUGGACGGACCGCAUCUAUCAGAACACGAUGCAGGAGCAUAUCAUCACCAACGUCGUCAGCGGACGCAAGAUGAGGAUACAGAAGUAUAACUUCCCUGAUACUGUAAUCUGGAACCCCUGGGCGGAGUACGCGAAGGAGAUCCCCGACUUCGGCGACGACGAGUUCCCCAACAUGGUGUGCGUGGAGGCCGCUCGCGUCGCCGCGCCCAUCGUGCUGCUGCCCGGCACCGCCUUCGAGGCCAGCCAGAUACUGCAGGUGAUGUAAGGCCGGUCGACUCGCACACAACAAGCCGUCCACAGGAGCGAAGUCAAUUGCGACGCCGCGUCAUUUCAUGUAGCUGACUGUAUGUAGCGUAUGCUACCACUGGCUUGUACACAAUGGCCUAUGUUGGCCCAACUUUACACAAGUUCAUUUUAGUAUUCUCCUGUUUUAAUUAGGUUCUUUUAGGUAAUAAACCAGUCCCAUGUGUAAGCCUUCUUACAGUUUUCUUUUUGUAGUUGUUCCUGCAAAUAAUUAUUUAGAAAAUUUGCGUUUUUUAAGUGACAUAAAUGUAAAUGACCACAACUUUGUGAAGUAAACUGAUAUCACAAAAAAGAACGCCAAGAUAGAUUUUAAAAUGUUGUUUCAAUAAAGACCAAGCUAGGGUAUUGUGUACAAGUCUAGAUCAUACGAAUCCAGUAAUUUUGUACUUUUUGGUAAAUACGUAGUUUCAAUAUUCAAGUAUCAACAUUGUUAGUCGCUGUAUACAUCAUUCAUUCAUUAGAAGUUCAUUCCAAUGUCAAUUUUAUAACGUAUCGUAUACGGUUUUAGAAACCUUACGGGAUACUUUUUAGGAACUAUGUAAUAAACGUAAUAUAUGAGUUCAAUACUUUUUAUUCAGUGAUUUUUGAGUACAAUUUCGAGCAUUUUGUUUUUUUUUUGGAAUAAGGACAAAACUGCUACAAUCUUAACUAAAUCAUUCCGUUUUAAUAUUUUGUAGUUUUACGUAUGACCCUUUUAUAGUUCUUAGAACGACAUGCGCUCAAGUUUGACUAAAUUAAUACUGUUGUUGAAAGUUGUAAGUCGAUCAAAGCUGUCAAAAUUAAGAUUUGAUUAUAUAACUUUCAAAUUAUGUUCUGUAAAAAUUGAGAUUUUUUAGCAGAUCCUUACUGGUUAAUGUAACUUGGUCGUAAUUAGCUCAACUUUCAUACGAAACGAAGUAAAAGACAAAAUAAAAUACAUUAUAACUAUUUUUAGUGGAAGUUAAGUUUCUAUUGUGUUUUGCAGCUUAUAAUAAUUGUUUUAUCUUGCCAAAUGGUGUCUUAAUUAUGUUCCUUUUUCGCUUUCAUUCUUCGAUAAUCCAAAUAUAUUUUGCGUUAAGUAAAGCGCUCUCUACGAUAUCUACGGUAAAUCGUUUCUCGGUGGUAAAUCGAUAAAAUAACAAAAAAAAUAUCGAUAUGAAAUAUUUUAAUCGAUUAUAAAUUGGUCAUCAUUAAUAAUAAUUUGUUAAUCAUUGUCCGUUUGGACUGAUCUAGCUUCCUUCUGUCUUCCGCUGUUUUUCUAUACUUGUUGUCAUUUGUUCUGUUUGAUUGUCUAUGUAUUUAGUAAUAAGACUUUUUUGCCUUGAAACUUCCAGAUUGUGCACAAA